AUGACAAUGGACGAAAUCGACCGCGAGCUCGUCGAGGCGGAGCGCGACGCCUCGCCCGCCAACUACCGGCGCCGUGCUAGCGACGAGAUUGAGCGCGUCCUCUCCGCCUCGUCCGUCUCGACCGCCUCGUCCGCCGCUGCCGGCCGAUCCGCCGUCCGCCGCCAGAUGAGCCGCGUCUCGACCAUCAACGACCUCGAGCGCCACCCGACCGCCCUCAGUCGCAUCCAGACGGCCCGCAGCCAGCACGCCACCACCGUCGGCGUCGACGCCGGCAGCCGCACCGCCAGCCGCGCCUCCAGAAAGCCGCUGCCCGCGUUUGGCGCUGGCAAGCCGUACCCCCCACCGCUGCCCGACCAGGAGGAGUACGUUGUCGAGUUUGACGGCCCCAACGACCCGCUGCAUGCGCAAAACUGGCCCUUGCGCAAGAAGCUCUUGACCUCGGCCAUGCUUGGGUACACUACAAUGACCUCUGCAUUCACUUCCUCAAUCUUCUCUGCCGGCACACAGGUCGUAGCUAAGCAGUACGGCGUCGGCUCCGAGGUUGGCCUCCUCGGCACUACCUUUUACGUCCUCGGCUUCGCCUUUGGCCCGACUAUCUGGGCUCCCAUGUCCGAGUUGCGCGGCCGCCGUCUCCCCAUUGUUAUUGCCAUGUUUGGCUUUACCGUCUUCUCCAUCGCUUGCGCCACCGGCGAGAACAUCCAGACCAUUCUCAUUUGCCGCUUCUUCAGCGGCCUCUUUGGUGCUUGUCCGCUCGCCGUCGUCGCCGCCGUCUUCUCCGACAUGUUCGACAACAAAUCCAGAGGCAUUGCCAUCACCAUAUUCUCCAUGGCCGUCUUCACCGGCCCCAUGUUUGCGCCCUUCAUUGGCGGGUUCAUAGUAGAGUCUCACCUGGGCUGGCGCUGGACCGAGUAUCUUGCCACCAUCAUGGGUGGCGUCGCCUUCAUUCUCGACUUGCUCUUCCUAGAAGAGACCUACGCCCCCGUCGUCCUCAUCUCCAAGGCCUCUGACCUGCGACGCCGCACUAAGAACUGGGGCAUUCACGCCAAGCAGGAGGAAAUCGAAGUCGACUUCAAGGAGCUCCUCUCCAAGAACUUGUCCCGUCCGCUGCGGCUACUUUUCACUGAACCGAUUAUCCUGCUCCUCUCCAUCUACAUGAGCUUCAUCUACGGAAUUCUCUACCUGUUCUUCUCCGCCUAUCCUCUGGUGUUUGUCGGCGUCCACGGGUUCAGCCUUGGUGUUUCCGGCCUGACCUUUUUUGGCAUGAUUAUCGGGCAACUACUGGCUGGUGCUGUCGUCAUUAUGCAGCAGCCCUGGUACAACAGAAAGCUGGCAGCCAACAACGGACUCCCUAUCCCGGAGUGGCGAUUACCAAGCAUCAUGGCUGGCGGCAUUGCCUUUGCAAUCGGCAUCUUUUGGUUUGGAUGGACGGGUUACCGAAGCGAUAUCCACUGGAUCGUCCCCACGCUCAGCGGUCUCUGCACUGGCUUCGGCCUCAUGUCAAUUUUCCUGCAGGCCCUCAACUAUCUCGUCGACGCCUACCUCAUGUUUGCUGCCUCCGCCAUUGCGGGCAAUACGUUUCUGCGAUCUCUCUGCGGUGCGGGAUUUCCCCUCUUCGCACGUCAAAUGUUCCAGGGUCUCGGUAUCCAGUGGGCUGGCACGCUUCUCGGCUGCAUCGCUCUGCUACUCGCUCCCAUCCCCUUUGUGUUUUACAAAUGGGGAGCUAGCAUUCGCGCACGAAGCAAGGUUGCUCCGACAUUCUCUGCUCCGCCGGACAUUCCCAACGACGAGGAUUCCGAGUCGAUGGGCGAGAAGGAUAACGUCGUCACGGAUCCGGCCGUCAUGUCGGCAGCGCCGAGAAGCGAAAACGAAGAAAACGGCCAGACCCAGCAAGUAUAA